AGGCCAAAGCUCUUCUGUCCUUUUCAUGGCACCCAAGAAAGAGAAAGUUGGGACCACGAGCACCAAUUCUAAGCCAUGGGAACCGUCGCUCAUCGCCGCACCUUUCAAUCAGAACGACUGGAAGGGCUCCAUCGCUUUUGUUGUUGGAAACCAGGUUGAGGACGACCUUCUCAUUCGAGCCCUCACCCUCGCAGUCCAGGUGCCGCAGCGGAAGCUCUUCAGCCUGGUAUCGUGGAAAGACGUUCUCUGCCAGAUUGAUGAAGCAAGCGCACUCUUUGCAACCACCACUAAAAAGGGAAAGAACGUCGUGGGCGGUAGUGCUCCCUUGUAUCACGAGGUGUUACUAGCAGCAAAAGCAAUCAUGGACAAUGGAGAGAAAUUAACCUUACCACUGAUAGGGAAACUCCUGAAAUUCCAACUUCUCCAGAUUAAACUUAAGGACCAACAGCGCCGGGAAAAUGAAAAGAAGGUGAAAGAAGACAGAUUUAAGGUAGAAAAGGAGAAAGGGAAGGCAAAAACUCCCAAGGACAAGAAGGCCUCGAAUGCCAGCGCUGGCAAAGGGAAGGGGAAGGAUCAGCCUGAGGCGAGCUCAGUGGUGCGAAAGACAACCCAGCUGAAGCACAGGGGAGAGGAAGAUGAGACCAAAGUUUACAUCGACGAUGAGCCAGAUGAUGGUGCCCAACAUUACAUUAUAGUUGUGGGCUUCAACAAUCCUCAGCUAUUAGCGAUUAUGACUGAGCUUGGCAUUCCCAUAAGCAGCGUGAUUAAAAUAUCUUCCGAGAAUUACGAACCUCUGCAGACACACCUGGCAGCAGUUAGCCAGCAGCAGGAAGUUUUUCUUCAGCCACAAGAUAUAGAAGCUGAGAAAUUGAAGAAAGAGAAUGCCAUGAAGGAACUUGCCAUUUUCUGGAAGUACUUGGAGCCAAUCCUGAAUAAUGAGAAACCUGAAACAAAUCUCUUUGAUGUUGCUCGGCUGGAACACGUGGUGCGGGCAGCUGCCUUUCCUUCCAACUGGUCGGACGGCAAGAUGCUGCUGGAACUGGGCACCAGUAUUUUUGAAAAUAUUGCCUGUUUGAUGUAUGACAGCCUGGAUUGGAAAAGGCAGCACCAGCACUACUUGGAAAGCAUGCAGCUCAUUAACGUCCCACAAAUGGUUAGUGAGAAACCUCCCUUAGAAGCCCCAGUAAUUUCUGAGACUCCACAGUCUGCUGUUCUCGGCGCCGGGAAGAAGAAAGCACAAAAUGGAGAACCGCAGGGGCCGGCAUCAGUGGCUUCCGUCGUCACCCCGGAGGCGGACCUGCGCUACUACAAUGACUUGCUGAGUCCGAUUCCGGAGGAGUUCAUCUCCGUGCCCCUGAUCGUGCACUGCAUGCUGGAACAGGUCGUGGCAACGGAAAAAGACCUCGUGCCGCCCAGCCUGGUGGAGCCGCCCCCCCGAGCGGACGGGCUGGACCACAGAAUCGCAGCUCACAUCGUGUCCAUCCUGCCCUCGCUCUGCCUCACCGAGAGCGAGAAAAAGAAUCUCCAUAAAGUAUUUUUAUGUGAAGAAGAAAGCCAAAGCGAAGAAGUGCCCGAAGGCCCGCUGCUGCUGAACUACCACGACGCGCUUGCCCACAAGAAGUACGCGCUGAAGGACCAAAAGGAUUUUGACCCGGUUCAAAUUGAGCAGGAGAUGCAGGCCAGGCUGCCACUGUGGGAAUUCCUUGAGUUCCCUCUGCCCCCACCAUGGAACAGCAUUAAACGUCUGGCUGCAAUUCAUGAGCUCUUGCACUUUUGUACAAAUGAGCCCCUGAGCUGGAACGAAGUAGAGAGAGCCUUCAAAGUGUUUACUUUUGAGAGCCUGAAACUCUCUGAGGUGGAUGAGGAAGGGAACCUAAAGCCUUCUAGGAAAGUGCAUGGGACCGACGCCGAGACGAUCAACAUCCCCUGGGACAACCCCGCCAGGUUUGCUAAGCAGAUCCGACAGCAGUGCCUGACGAGGCUGAGCAGGCGGGAGGCCAGGCGCCCAGCAGAUCCUACUGAAGCCCAAGACAGAACUUUAUUUAUGGAUCAGAGUUUGUCAACAGCUGUGCAAGAUAAGGAGAUCAACAAAGACCCUUCAGACCCUGGUCAGACGGAUGCUGACAAUACGAAGAAUUCUGACCCAGAUAAUGAGAAACCCUCAGACCCUGAGGACAGAGAGCUGUCAGGGCAGCAGGCGGCCAGCUUGGAGACGCAGCCACCAAGGAAAUCUGUGGAGCAGACCACGAACAAUGAGAUCAAAGAUGAAACAGUCACAAAGGCUGAUUUUCUUGAAAAGAAACCCAAGAAGACGACUGUGGAAGCAGAGUUGGAGGACAUACAGAAAACACAGCAGCGCAGUCUGAGGGACUGGAGCUUCACGGAGCAUUUCAAACCGAAAGUCCUGCUGCAGGUUCUUCAAGAAGCUGAUCAGCAAUACAAGUGCAUUGAUUCUUAUUACCAUACCCAAGACAACUCUUUACUUUUAGUCUUCCACAACCCAAUGAAUACGCAGCGUCUGCACCGUGAACUGUGGAACGUUGCUCUUCACUCCAAUGUUGGAUUCAGGAAUUUUUUGGAACUAGUUUCAGAAUCUAUCCAGGAUUGGAUCACAAAAGAAGAAGCUAUCUAUCAGGAAUCUAAAAUGGCUGAGGAACUCUCCAGGCCCAAGGGCGAGCUGGAAGUGAAGUCUUCUGUUAAUGUCAAAAUUGUUUCUCCUAGGAAAACGUACUCUGUUCAGAAAUCUGAAAGUAACAAAACCCUGGGGAAACCAGAGACAACAGAUCAGGAAAAGGAAGAAGAGAAGGAGAAAAUGUCUUUCAUUUUAAAAGGCUCUCUCAAGGCCUGGAAAGAAGAACAGGAGCCAGUAGCAGAAGAGGAACGCUUGAAGGAAGACAAGAAAGCCGAGAAGAAGACCAAGGAAAGUGGCAAAAAGAAAGGCAAAGGAAAGCUAGAGCGAGAAGAGAGUGGCAUUGUGAAGAAAAAAUCGGUUUUCCAGGAGAAGCCUAGAGAAGAGCAAAUAAAGUUCUCGGAAACGUCGGAGGAGCUGCUCCAGGAGCCGGAAGCCCAGAGGGUGUACCCGUUUCGUGGAUACAACAUGGGAAAUGUACCCAUCCAAAUCUCAGGAACAAAUUAUUAUCUGUAUCCUUCAGAUGGAGGACAGAUUGAAGUAGAAAAGACGACGUUUGAAAAAGGCUCAACUUUUAUCAAAGUGAAAGUGAAAAAGGACAAACACAGUUUUAUAAUUCAUUUAAAAGACCCUAAGAAAAUUGUGAAAACGGAAAAAGAGGAAGAGUAUUAUUAUUUAGAAGAUGAAGAAGGAGGAAGAGAGGAAGAACAAAACAUGGAAACAGGAGAAUCAAAUGCAGAGCAUAAGGCUGUCAGCAGGUUUGGGUCUUUUUCUGCCACGUUGGAGAAUGGAAUCUGCCUCUCGAUCAGUUACUACGGACCCAGUGGGACUGUGCCAGAGGAUAAGGAUCCCAGCUUGGAAGCAAUGCUGAAUAUCCCAUCAGCUCUUCUUCCAACAGUAAUUCCUGUUAUAGCGCCUGUUCCUCAAGCCAAAGCAAAAGGGAAGACAAAAGGCAAAGAUAAACCCAAAGAAUCUCUUAAAGAGGAGGAACACCCAAAGGAAGAAGAAAAAAAGGAAGAAGUAGAACCAGAACCUGAUGUACAAGAGACUGUUUUUGUUCCCACCUUCCAAAACCUCAAUGUGUCCUGCCCCAAUGGGCUCCUGGUGACCUUCAUUGGGCAUGAGUCCACAGGUGAGUAUAAAUGUGUCAUCAGUGAGGAACCCACUUGGGACAUAAUGAUCCGACAGAGCUACCCCCAGAAGGGGAAGUUCUACGAGUUCUACAGAGCGGUGAUGCCCCCGGUGGAGCAGGAGGCCUCGAGAGUCAUCACCAGUCAGGGCACGGUGGUCAAGUACAUGCUGGACGGGUCCACACAGAUUCUCUUUGCAGACGGCGCCGUGAGCAGCAGUCCCGACUCGGGGCCCGUGUGUGCGCCUGCCAGCCGCCCCACAAGCCGCCCCAGCGGAGACCUGAUGGACUCGGGCUCUCAGCAGAAACCAGAAAGAAUGCCGUCGGAGACGGUCCUCACAAAGAAAGGCAGAAGUCACAAAACUCAGUCAACAGUAUUGCAGAAGAGUGAAACCCACGAAACUCCCACAGACGUAGGUCAAACGGCGACUCCUGUGGAGAGUCACGUAGGCACCUGGUUCACAACCACACCUGAAGGAGAUCGGAUCGGCACCAGAGGGUCAGAGAGAAUAGCAGACUUGGCGCCGUUUCUGUCCUUUCAGGCCACAGACCCCAUCACUGGAACGGUCAUGACAACCCGAGAGGACAAGGUGGUCAUUGUCGAAAAGAAGGACGGCACUCGGAUAGUGGACCACGCCGACGGCACCAGGAUCACAACCUUUUACCAAGUGUACGCAGAUUGCAUCACUCCCCCGGACGAAAUGUCCAGAGGUCCUCACAGUGUCACCAGGCAGGUGAAGUGCAUGCGGAUAGAAAGCUCACAUUAUGCCACUGUCAUCACCAACUGCGAGGACAGUAGCUGCUGCGCCACCUUUGGGGAUGGGACGUCUAUUAUUGCAAAGCCACAGGGCACAUACCAGGUGUUGCCUCCAAACACAGGCUGUCUUUAUAUCGACAAGGACUGUUCAGCUGUUUAUUGCCAUGAGUCAAGCAGUGAGAUAUACCAUCCUUUCCAAAAGCGGGAGCAGCUGAGAGCUAGCACGUACAUCAUGAAGCACACGUCAGAGGUGGUCUGUGAGGUCCUGGAUCCCCAGGGAAACACCUUUCAGGUCAUGGCUGAUGGUAGCGUAUCAACUGUGCUACCUGAGAACAGUCUGGAAGAUGACUUGAAUGCAAUCCCUGAAGGCUACGACAGCUUGUCAUCUGCUCACCUUCAGAAGAAUCACCUGCAAAUCUAUGGUGAACACAUCCCCAGGUUUUUUGUUGUCUAUGCCGACGGAUCGGGAGUGGAGCUCCUGCGAGACAGUGAGAUCGAAGAAUACCUGUCCUUGGCGUGCGGGGGACCAACCACGGUGGUUCUGCAGGAGCCCGUGCAGGAGCAGCCAGGCGCCCUCAGCAUCACCGUCCUUCACCCUUUCCAUGAAGCGUCACCGUGGCUAAUGAAGAAAGAACUGGACACGAUCGUGCCUCCUAAUCUGCAGUCGCGGACCUGGGAGACCUUUCCCGCAGUGGAGAAGAAAACUCCAGGACCUCCGUUUGGCACUUACAUUUGGAAGGGUUUUUACAACGAGGCCAAACAGCUGGUGAGCGCCCCAGCCCCUCUUCUCAAGAGCCCUAGCGUGCUGCAGAUCCGCCAGUUCAUCCAGCAUGAGGUCAUAACGGAUGAGGUGAAACUGAAGCUGCAGACUUCCCUGAAGGACUACAUCAACCACAUCCUGAAGCAAGAGGACGAGCUGCGGGGCAUGGCGGUGAAGGACUCCAGAACCGAGGCGGAGAGGGGCAGCGCUGCAGACCUCCUGAAGCUGGUGAUGUCUUUUCCUAAGAUGGAAGAAAGUACAAAAAGUCAUGUUACUGAAGUCGCAGCCCACCUGACCGAUUUCCUCAGGCAGUCUGUGGCUGCUUCUCCAGAAGACCUUCCAGACACAUUCAGUACAGAGUUCUUUGAAAAGAAAUGGAAGGACACAGAAACAGGAAAGCACUGGAGUGAAAAACUAGCUCAAAAGAGGAAGGAAAUUGAAAAUACACGCAGUCGUUUAAUGAACAUUAAGAACAAAACAAUACCGCCCUACUUCAAACCUGACUUGAGCAAUGUGUAUCAGUCUCAGUUUGAUUAUCUGAACAACCUUUCCAAAAACUUGCCUCCUUUUCCAAAGAAAGGUGAAGAUGGAAACAAAACAGCUGUUCAAAACACGUAUGAUCUUCAUCCAGAUUCCCGGUCAAAAGCAGUUUUAGAGCAGGAUUCCUCAGAUACGCCUAGUCCUCCAAAACAGCAGAGUCCUGUGGCUUUCAAGGAGUCCACUAACCAGAAGCAGACUGAAAAUUUAACAAGCUCCACUGCAGACCCAGAGCCGAGCGUGCCCGUGAAAGUCCCCACCCAGGCGCUGCUGCAGGACGUGGCGGGACAGGCGAGGAAGGAGAGAGUGAGGCUGCCUCACUACCUGCUGAGCUCCAAGCCCAAGUCCAUACCUCUCCCGAAGGUGCAGGAUUCUGUUGGCGGAAGAGUGAAAACCUCCUCCGUCGCAGCUGCUGCCAUUAACAACGCAAACGCCUCCCCUUUCGGCUUCCAUCUCCUCCCUCCGUCCGUGAAGUUCGGGGUGCUGGAAGAAGGGCACACCUACGAAGCCAUCGUCAAGCUCAAGAACGUGGGCGUGGACUUCUGCAGGUUUAGGGUGAAGCAGCCCCCACCCAGCACAGGACUGAAAGUGACCUACAAACCUGGACCUGUGGCGGCGGGCCUGCAGGUGGACCUGAAAGUGGAGCUGUACGCCAUGGCGCUGGGUGAGGACGGCGCCAAGGGGUCAACGCGCAUCUCGCACAACAUUGAGAUCAUGACCGAGCAUGACGUCCUGCUCUUACCCGUGGAAGCGACAGUCUUAACAAGCAGCAAUUACCGUAAGAGACUGAAAGACCUUCCUGAGGGAAAGGAAACUCCCGUGGCCCAGAGGAUGCCUGCGGUUCCCUCCCCUGCGCUUGGGCUCUUCAUGUCCCGGAAGGUCCCUCCUCAGUAGGCCCGGUGAGUACGAAACCAUUUCCAACCACUCGCACCCGAGGCCUCAGGCCGUGUAUCUGUUCUCUCCUUCUAGCCAGAACCAAUCAGCCACUGAGCCUGGUGGAGUGAAAAUGCUGGUUUUUAACAACUACAAUAGCUGCUCCUCUAUAUAUAUACAGCUAAUCCUCGUAUUAUCUGUAAGAUAGAUACUAUGUUUUCCACUUCACAAAUAAGGAAACAGAGGCUUAGAGAGUCUGAAGUAGAAGUGAAAAUCUAACCUACUUCAAUGCGGUUCUGAAGUUCAUUCUUUUAAGCGCUGUUUUCAGUGCGGAGCUGACUUUCCGAAAAGCAGGCGCACGAGUGCGGACGGCGGUGGGCCCCGUGAGCCGGUGGUUCUCCAGCGCUCUGGACACAGGAUUCCUCACCCCUUCCUACAGUUACUACGGGUCCCGAAGAGCUUUUGUUCUGUCCUAUCUUGGCCAAAUUUUUAAUACUGGGGAAAAAAAUCAAAGUGUAUGUAAAACCAGUAACAUACAGAUUUUAAGUGAAAGAUAAAAAUCCAUGGUUUUGCAAAUGUCUUUUCUGCUCUGUAUUCCACCUGCCACCCCAUCCCACGGCCCCCAGGAAGCACCGCUGUGCAGCGUGUGCUCAUGAGACAGGCAGGCACACUGGGGCGGCUUCCUUGUACUGCCUGCCCUGGACUGAGUGCCACUCGAUUUCUCCGGGAUGAGACACGACAUGACAUUGGCCCUGAGAAACAGCUUCAUACCAGGUGUACCGAGUACUUGACCUCCAGCCAGGAAGUCUCCAAAUUGUUAAGCAUAUCUUCUUUACAAGGACUCACAUACACACACUUUCUUUUUCUCUCUUUCUCUCUCACGAAGCUUGGAUGUAAUACUUCUAAUAAACUCUUGAUGAGGCUUGUUUAUGGCAGUCCAGUAGGUAACAUCAUGUUAUGUCCAAGAGACAUUACUCAUUAAAUGGUUUCUGUACUAAGCGUUGAACAGCCAAUGGCAGGCUACUAAGCCAGGAAAUGCUGCCUUAAUGACCAAAAAUCUGCUUGGCUUUCAAUUUACUUUGUAACUUGCUGGUCAACCUCAAACCUUUUAGGGUUUCAGAGUUCGAGGAUUUUGACGAAAAGCUGUAGCUGAGUUUACUUACUACACACACCAUUUCCGCCUGUCACGGGCUCUCCUUAUCUUCGGUCGGUGCAGCACCUAGCAGACAGACACACCGCACGGCCUGGCGCUGCCCAUCUGGAACGGGGGCAGAGCUGUGGGGGCAGCACUCGGAAGCACAGAUACACCCAGGCCUCCUGGAACCUGUUCCAGUUUGGGGACCAUCAAAGCAUUCAUGGGAACGCUGCAAUUCUUCAUGUUCCGAUGAACAGCUCCAAGCAGCAAGCGUGAGUGACACCAAUUCAGCCUGUUUGCUCAGGAAUUAGGGUAACUUCAAGGACUGAGAACCAAAGGCCUCUCUCUGGUGGCAGGAACAGCCGCCUAAAGAAAAGGCUGGCUCUUCUGACUGGAAAGCACCUAGAAUCCACGACACUGCCCCGUGUCUCACCUUCUCCCGGUCAGGCCUUGGGAACUCUGCGCCAGGUUCUCUUUCCUCUUACACUGCCCCCCAAUACCACCACCACCACCACGCGCCUCAACUCACCCGAGCGACCGUGUUGUGCUUAGGAACAAAACAGACUCACAGCGUGGGCCAGCGAGCCAGCCCCAGGGACUGCAGCUCUGGGACCGGGGGACAUGGCAGCCCGACCACCCAGCAACGCAGAUGGAAAGGACAAGGUCACAGAAGGGCACGGACUACUGACACUGACCCAGGAAGGUGCAGAAGAUCUGAACAGAGCUGGAACAAGGAGGUUCAACUAGAGACUUGAAAACGUCCCACAAAGAAAAG